AUGAAGGGCCUGCUAACUAGCCAGGAACAGGAUAGCUGGAGGGAAUUGAUUAACAAGGAGGUUUUCUGCAGAAUCAGCUGGAAGGCAAAAUAUGGACGAAAAUACCCCCAGCGCCCGCCCGAUCAUGGCAUCUCCAGGCAAAAGUGUUUGCUGCCUGACAUCUACUUUCCCAAGGAGGACUCAAGCUCUGGAAAUCGAGAAGGAGCUCCCCAAAAGGAGGACCGGCAGGAGCCAGCAGAAGAGAAGGUCGGGCUGAGUCUUCAGGAGCCUCUUCCAGAGAUGAGGGUCCCAACUCCAGAGACCACACAGCUGCUAUAUAAGGGCUUCUCCCAUGAAGGCAAAGGAAGGCAGCAGUACCUCAAAGAGAGAAUGAUGAAGUCUCCUGAAGAAAAAUUUUGGUACCCGGUGCUGUCUUCAUGGGAAUAUGGUUGGCGCUUAGGAGACACCAUUAAGGACAUCAGGACACCAGUUCAUGGAAAAUCUUGCAUUGUAAAGGAUACUUUCUACUUCAAAAAUGGGAUCUUCUACACUCCAUCCAAAACUGACAAAUUAGCAUGAAUACUGGCU